UUUUAUUGCCAUCCUCAGUACUUAUAAGUUCCAUUACAGUUUAUACCAGCUAACAAGCUUAAUAUCCAUGGCACAAGAUCAACUGGUAUUUGCUCUCUUCAUCAUUUUGGCUCUUGUCAGUUUUCAAUUUUCCUAUUCCUAUGUCUUGAAGGGUUCUGUCACUUGCUUAGACUGCAAGCAACAUACCGAUCUCUCAGGAAUAAAGGUUUCGGUGAAGUGUAGCCAGGUGAAAACAUUGGCUAUGGCCACAACAAAAGAAGAUGGCUCUUUUGGAACCAACCUCCCUUCGGACAGUACAAACAAAUGCUAUGCCAAGAUCCUUGGAGGUCCUAAUCAGCUCUUUGUUUCAAGAAAAGAAAUAGAUCCCACUAUUGUCAAGGCUCAAGAGGAUGAUAAUUCCUACACUAUAUCUAAGCCCUUAAAGUUCUACACAAGAUGCCCUUUAUCCAAUAAUGGAAAAUGUCACGAGUUUGGUUCAUCAAAGACUAUUGAUCUACCAGUGCCAAAGGAGUGGGGACUUGCACCAACUAGCUAUUAUCUUCCUUUCAUCCCCAUCAUUGGCAUACCUUAAUUACUAUUUAGUCUUUAAUUA